CCUCACACAUUCAUCCAAGAUCUGCUUUGGGAUGGUCUUCAUUAUGAAAGCGAGCUAGCAAAUCAUAAACCGGUGGCCGUUUUCCAAGAUUAGAGAGAAAGCUCUUCGAAAAGCAAUCAAGCACAUGAGGUAUGGAGCAGAAAGUAGCAGAUACACUACUAUAGGAUGCGUAGAAAAGAGUUUACAAAUGAUGUCUUGGUGGGCAGAGGACCCUAAUGGUGCUGAGUUCAAGUAUCACCUUGCCAGAGUUCGUGAUUACUUGUGGCUUGCAGAAGAUGGAAUGAAAAUGCAGAGUUUUAGUAGUCAGUUAUGGGAUUGUGCUCUUAUGACUCAAGCUAUUAUGGCAAGUAAUCUUACUGAUGAAUAUGGAGAUACUCUUAAAAGGGCGUAUUUUUUCAUAAAAGAAUCAUAGGUAUCUUUCAAUUCACUAGAAGAAAAUUAAAAAUUUGUACAACUUCUUCAACUUAUGAAUUUUCCAUUACUAAAUAUGAAGAUCAAAGAAAACCUCGUUGGGGAUUUCAAGAAAAUAUACCAUCACUUUAGUA